AUGGACUCUUCCGCAAUUCAUAACAAGUGGGUUGAAGAUGCCAUUCGUAGUAGAUAUGUGACAGAGUUUGAUCACCAUUCGUUUGGAGAAAUAAAGAUUAUUUCAACAACGCCGUUAACAGAUAUUAAGAAGGCUUAUCAAAUAGGGUUUGAUAGAAAUGUUGUCCUUAAAUAUUUAAAGGAAGAACAAUAUAAAGUCGAAGACGAGUAUCAUAAAAAUUUCUUGAGAGAGGUAUCAUAUUGUUUUCUUACUAUUAAGGAAUUAGCAAAGAUCCAUCUCUAA